CUUCGCCCACCACCCCCAAAAGCCUGGGGGUGAGGAGGGGCGUCUCGGGUCCUGGUCAGUGCGAGGGAGGGGGACGGCUGGGUCUGAUUAGCCAGUAUGAACCUGAGAAAAGCGGCCGUCCCUGUCCUCUGUCCCGGGCCCCGGAGCGCAUCAGGCCUGGCCCGACCUGGUCUCAGGCGCCUCUCUUAGCGGCCUCCUCUCCCCAGCUGCGCGCCCGCCGCCAUGCCGCCCCUGUGGCCCCUGCUGCCCCUGCGCCUGUGCCGGCCGUGGCCCUGCCACCCUCCCACCCGGGCCCUCGCAGCGGCCGCCGGGCAGCGGUCUGGGCCCAGUAAUUAUUAUGAAUUGUUGGGCGUGGAUCCUGGUGCCAGUGCUGAAGAAGUUAAAAGAGCUUUCUUCAUCAAGUCCAAGGAGUUACACCCUGACCGAGAUCCAGGGAACCCCACCCUGCAUAGCCGUUUUGUGGAACUAAAUGAGGCAUACCAUGUGCUCAGCCGUGAGAAGAGCCGUCGUAGCUACGAUCAACAGCUUCGCUCUGCCAGCUCCUUCACAUCUCCAGGAACCACAGCCCAUUCCAGAUCUUCCCAAUACACACACAGUAGCUCCUGGGAACCCCCCAAUGCACAAUACUGGGCCCAGUUUCACCAUGUGAGGCCACAGGGGCCUGAGUCAAGGCAGCAACAACAGAAAAACAACCAGCAGGUUCUGGGGUACUGCCUACUGUUCAUGCUGGCAGGCAUGGGCCUGCACUAUAUUGCCUUCAAGAAGUUGGAGCAGGUACACCGGAAUUUCAUGGAUGAGAAGGAUCGGAUCAUCACAGCCAUCUACAAUGACACCCGAGCCAGGGCCAGGGCCAAGAGAGCCCCGCUCCAGCAGGAGCGCCUGCAGAGGCAACAGCAGCCGUCCGGCCUCCGGGCCUGCCCCAGCCCCGGGGAUCAUGCCCCCGGGCACCAGCUCCUGAGGGCUUCGCCGCAGGGGGGAGCCUGCAGUGUGCCCCCCUAAUUGCUGCCUGCUCCCCACAAUGGGUGCAAUAAAGUUGAUUUCUCAGA